AUGCUUCUCUUCAAGUACAUACUCGCCGUGUUGCCUGCAGCCCUGGCCAAGGACAUUUUCGUCGCCCCUAAUGGAUCGAGCAGUGGUUCCGGCUCUAGCAGCUCCCCUCUUGCCGACAUCCAGGCUGCAGUUAAUGCUGCUAGUGCAGGAGACACCAUUUAUCUCCGAAAGGGUACCUACCGCCCUUCUAAGAACAUCCACUUCACCAAGAAAGGCUCCUCCAGCAAGCCGUACACCAUCAGGUCCUACAACAAUGAAGAAGUCAUCAUUGACGGUGACAAGAUGCCUGGUACUCCGGCUGCCCUUGGCGCCAGUCUCGCUGGCAAGGAUCGCGGUAUCUUUCAUGUCGAGAAGGCAGAGUACUGGAGAUUCAUCCACAUCACUCUCACCAAGGGCCCUUACGGUGUCUACGUGAAGGAUUCACACAACAACUACUUCGAGCGCUUGACUACCCACAGCAACUACGAGACUGGUUUCCACAUGCAGAACAGCAUCUCGAACAACGAGAUCGUUUAUCUUGACACCUACAACAACGCUGAUCCACGCAACAAUGGCCAGAAUGCUGAUGGUAUGGCUAUCAAGGAAGGCUCUGGCGCUGGCAACAUCAUCCGUGGUAUUCGCAGCUACGAGAAUUCUGAUGAUGGUAUCGAUCUAUACGAGUUCAAAUCUUCUGUCACCAUCCUUGACAACAUCAUCUUCGACAACGGCGUGAACCGGUGGAACUUCAACCCUCACAGAGGAGACGGCAUUGGCAUCAAACUCGGCGGUGGAUCACCCGCCAACCGAGCCAACGUCAACCAUGUCGCUCGCAACAACUUCUCCUUCCGCAAUCGCCGUGGCUUCAGCGACAACAACAUGCCCGGUGAUAUGACUCUCAUCCACAACACUGCUUGGAAGAACCGUGAGGAAGGUUUCAACCAACGCUCUUCCAAGGCUACCUACGAGAAUAAUCUUGCUGCCAACAAUGCCGGCUCCAGCAGCCUGAGCAAGCAGAACACGCUCAAUUCGGUGAAGGGUAAGGGUAACAACUGGGAGAAGGGUGGAUCUUGGCAGGAUGCGGACUUCAAGGCUACUUCUACUAGCCUUGUCAAGGGACGUCGACAGGCUGAUGGCAAGAUCACUCGAAGUGACUUUCUUCGCCCUGCUGAUGGCGGCAACUAUGGCGCUACUACUCACUGGGUCUAA